AUGCAGCUUGAACCGGGUAGACAAGCGAGCGAGUUGGUUUGGGAGUUCGAUGCCGGUUCAUCCAUCAAGUCCUCGCCUGCUCUGGACGAUGGGAAGAUUUUCUUCGGGUCCGACAAUGGAACUUUCUACGCAGUCUCCGAAUUCGAUGGGUCCCUGGUGUGGACUUUCCAGACAGAGGCACCCAUACAGUCAGCCCCACUGAUUUCCAAGGGCCUCAUCUUCUUCGGAAACGAUGAUGGUGCAUUCUAUGCGCUGGAGUCCACUGGGUCCCGCGUGGUCGAAAGGUGGCGCUUCAACGCCUCGAGCCAGAUACGCUCCUUUCGGCCCUCUGGUGAUGGCCCUUUGGUGUACUUCGGAUGCGAGGAUGGGCAUGUCUAUGGCUGCCGACACGAGGACGGCGAGCAAAGGUAUCAUUAUGUCUCCAACGGCCCAGUCAGGGCCGCGCCGCUGUGGCACAACAACAAGUUGUACUUCGGGUCAGACACCUUCUAUGCAGAAGCUUUUUAG